CCAGGAUGCUCGCCCAGCUGCCUUCUUUAGCGUAGCACCCAAAUGCGCCUGUAAACCGGGUUGCUAGUUUCAUGUGCCCCCGCGGUGGACUCGGCCAAUCAUGCGCCCCCGAGGCUGGGCCACGCAUCGCGGGCUGGCGCUUGCAGAUGGCGCCCGCUCGCCAGGUGUUGGCCAGAUGUCGCAGCUGGCAGCAGUCGGCCUAAUUGCUUUAUGGAGUCGGGCGGACGGACUAGUUGCGGGAUAGUUUGGUUUCCUCUACAUUGUCUUUUGCUGACACGGUACUUUUGUACUUUUGGAAUCCUAUUUCUGUCGGGCUGUCCCCUCUACCCCGUCUAGUCUCCCUCUCCAACCGAAAGUCGAGUCGUCCCAUCACUGCACACCCACUACUGCCCACAAUGGACUUUGCCAACAUUUGCGAUGCAGAUGUUGGCUUUGGACCAACAGUCACGGGUUGUCGAGAGGACUUUGACUUUACACUUUUAUUCGAAAAAACCAUCCUAUCAAUCCUGCCGUUGUCUGUGAUCAUCCUCAUACUUGCUGUCCGCCUCCCGCAGCUGCGCACAGCGACACCCGUUAUCGGCGGGCUUUGGUACCGAAACCUAAAACUUGCUGUUUAUGUGUCAAUUGCCGCUCUGCAGCUCGCCCUUCUUGGCUUGGGCGCAGCCUCUUCAGUCCUGAAAGGAUAUUUUGUUGGUGCGAGCAUUUUAGAAUUCCUCGCUACUCUGGGGAUUGCAACUACCAGUUUUCUUGAACACACUCGAACUCUCCGGCCGUCAGUGCUACUCAACCUUUACCAGCCGACUUGGCUGCUUGUUUACAUCGCUCAAACGAGGACAUUGUGGCUGAUAUCGUCAUCGGCGCAAGAUGGCGUUUACACACGCAUCUUCACUACGGUUACAACCCUAAUUGCGGCUGUUCUUAUCCUUGAACUAAAGGGGAAAUCAACAUGGCUACUCUCCACAACCGAAAAGCCCAGCAAAGAAGCAUUCAUCGGCGUUUUCCCCAUCGGACUGGUAACGUGGAUGUGGCCAUUUGUUGUCUACGCUAGUAAGAAUGUACUGAAAUAUUCAGAUUUUCCUCCUCUCGAUGGUCAGCUACGCGCAGAAGCCAUGAUGAAGUACAACGAUCGAAUCGAUUACAAGUCUCUCGACGGCGUCAAUAAUGGAUUGGCAUGGAAAUUGCUACGGGUUACUGGGAGGGAAUUUCUGCCGUCACCUCUGCUCAUGUUUCUUUAUACCGGACUGGCCUUAGUGCAACCACUAAUUGUAGGUGGUGUUGUCAGCAAUCUGGAUAAUACGGGCACCUUCCAAACAAAUGCUGGGUAUGGUCUAAUUGGGGCUACUGUGAUAGCCUUCUUUGGCUUGACUUUCUUCAGAGCAAGCUCCUUGUACUAUCAUACCCGAUGGCUGGCAAGAGUGAAUGCUAUUCUGGUCAAUGCUAUUUACCGCAAAGCUCUCAGCGGUCAAUCAUCUGGUCUCGAAACUGGCAAGGCGAUCACACUCAUGAGCAAUGAUAUUGAAAAUGUCAAUCGAGUUUUGGGUUCCUCGUUCAACAAAAUCAUGCUCGCACCCGUUCAGGUUGGGUUUACAUUGUGGCUGCUCUACCGCCAAAUAGGAGUAGCUGUCGUUUCAGUUGUCGUGGCCUUUACAAUGUGUAUACUUCUGACAUAUUUGGGCACCUUGUUGGUGAAGGAUCGCCAGUCAAACUGGAUGAAACGCAUCGAAAACCGCGUUGGCAAAACGGCCAACGCUAUAUCACAUGCCAAAAAUAUCAGAAUUGCUGGCCUUUCCCAAGCUGUAGAGAACUCGAUCCUCAAAAUGAGACAGCAAGAAGUACAAUCUGCCACAAAAUUCCGCGCCGUCAUCUUCUUCAUUGUCAUGCUCUCUAUUUUUGCAGGACACAUGACUCCGGCGUUCCCCUUUAUCUUCAACAGGGACGUCAGUAUAAGCCAGAUAUUCACGACUGUUGCGUACGUCACCAUGGUUACCUCACCACUGAUCGUCUUCUUGCAAUGGGUGCCAACCUUUUUUGCGGCACUAGCAAGCAUACAGAGGAUACAAAGCUUCCUUCUCACACCGGACAGGCAUGAUUUCCGUGAAGUACGGUCAGCAAACAGAAUGCAAACAAAAUGCUCAGAGAAUGGACCAGUGCUUGAGGGCACACCCUCUAUUCAGAUUAUCGGCGGCAACUUUGGCUGGAAGGAGGAUAAGCUGACUCUACGAGAUAUCAACACGGAUAUUCCCGCCGGCCUGACCCUGCUUGUUGGACCGAUUGCAUCUGGCAAAACCACCUUUUGUAGGGUGCUUCUGGGAGAAGUUCCGUUCGCCUCUGGCCAGGUUAUUUUCAACGCCGACACUAAAAGAAUCCCCUAUUGUGAUCAGACAGCAUUCCUUACAAAUUCUACGAUUAAGGAAAAUAUUGUGGGAUUCGAAUCGGUGGAUGAGCCGCGUUAUCAAGAGGCUCUUCGGGCAGCGGCUCUUGAGCCUGACCUUCUCGUUCUUCCAGAUGGAGACUUAACCAACGUUGGUAGCAAUGGUAUUAGUCUUUCAGGAGGUCAGAAACAAAGGGUUUCCAUUGCAAGAGCCAUAUACCAAACAUCGGAGGUGUACGUUUUCGAUGAUGUGCUUAGUGGCUUGGAUAGUGAUACUGAGCAGUUGGUGUUCGACAAUGUGUUUGGCCCAUCUGGCAUCUUGAGCAAGCGUGGUGCGACAAUUAUACUCUGUACGCAUUCGGUCCGACAUUUGCCCUCAGCACAACACAUCAUUGCUUUAACCGUUGAGGGUGAAAUUAUCGAACAGGGCACUUUCAAUGAGCUAACCUCUGCGUCUGGCUACAUUCACAGUCUUGGUGUUGCAGAGGUGGCCUCAAAAGAGACUUCCGUGUAUGGCGAUGGAGAUUCAACAAAGGAUUCGAGCACUGAAACAGAAUUGAAGAAAAAGAAAAAGAAGAGUCUAAUUGAAGACGAAACAGAUCUGACACGUGCCAAAGGCGACUGGAGUACCACCGUCCACUACCUCGCCAAUAUAGGAUAUCCACUUACAAUUUUGCUGGUCUUUGGAGCAGCGGUAACGGGAACCUGCUUGACUAUGCAAAAUGUUAUCUUAAAAUGGUGGGUAGAGGACCGCUCUUCCCAAAGCCCAAGGCAUGAUUCAUCCUUCUGGCUUGGAAUCUACGGUGGAACCGUUGGAUUAGGAUAUACGAGCUUUGCUGUACAGAUGAUUAUGGCUGUCGUGGUAAUUCCUGCGGUAGCGGGAACCAAUUUGCAUAAGAAGGCGAUAAAGAAACUGACAAGUAUCCCUUUGCAAUUUCUGGUCACUACGGAUAUGGGCAUCAUCAUCAAUCUGUUCUCCCAAGAUAUCUUCCUAGUUGAUGACGAGCUUGUUGAAAAUUUCACCAACCUCUUGGUUUUUGGAUUUUUGACCUUGGGCGGCGCAGCCUUGGCGACACUUUCAUCUCCUUAUGUCGCCAUCUUCUACCCGUUCAUAUUGGCUGGCAUUUAUGUCUUACAGCGAUACUACCAACCUGCUUCACGACAGGUCAGACUCUUGUACCUAGAGUCUAAAAGUCCAUUAUACUCUACCUAUUUGGACACCAUCAAAGGCCUCGCUACCUACCGUGCUUUCGACUGGAAUUCCGGGGCAGUUCAGAAGACGAACAUUCUGCUGAAUAAAACUCUGCAGGGCUUCUACUUCCAACAGCAAUGCUUUAUGUUCUUUGCAUAUACUCUGACUGCGUUCACUAACCUUAUCGCCGUAAUUGUCGUGAUCUUGGCUACGCAAUUGAAGACAUCAGCCGGAUAUGCUGGAGCCAGUAUGGUGGGUGUCAUCAACUUGACAGUAAAUCUGCAAGGAGCGACAAUGAGUUAUGUCGACAUGCAAUCUGCACUUACGGCUGUGAGACGGUUGAAGACAUUUGCUCAAAAGUCACCCAGCGAGUCUCAAGAUGGGGAAGACCUGGUUCCCGAUCGCAGGUGGCCGCCAAAGGGUCAGAUUCAAAUUCGGAACUUGUCAGCGUCGUAUGAUGCUGAGAGUCGACUCUCUGCUACCAAUACUGAAGAAGCUAUGGAAUUAACAUACGCUCUUCGAGAUGUCUCUCUGGAUAUACAAGCAGCAGAAAAGGUAGCCAUCUGUGGUCGUUCUGGCAGUGGCAAAUCAUCCCUCGUAUUGGUGCUGCUGCGUCUACUUAACUGCAUACAAUCACCGAAUUCUGAAGAUGUCAGUCUGUCGAUUGAUGGCGUUGAUUUACAGAAAGUCGAUCGAGACACUCUGCGUCAGCGUCUUACUGCGGUUCCCCAAGAGCCUAUCUUUUUGCCUGAUGGGGCCUCAUUUAGUCAAAACCUUGACCCUACGGGGGUAGCAACCGAUGAAGAGCGCCAAGGUGCACUCGAAGCAGUCACGCUUUGGGACACAGUCAAAGAAAAUGGUGGCCUUGACAGCGGGCUUUUGCCCGAGUCUCUAAGCCAGGGACAAAAGCAACUCUUCAGCUUAGCCAGAGCUAUCGUCCGCCGUCGUGCACGUGCAAGGCUUCUAAAAGACGAUGUCGGUUCAUCGUACAUGGGUGCUUCUGAGAAGGAGGCUACUGAAAAAGCCGACGCACAUCCAACGGCUUUCAAAGCACAAGCGGACGGUGGCGUCCUCAUCCUUGACGAGUACAGCAGCAGCUUGGAUAUCAAGACGGACCGACUAAUGCAGGAUAUUAUCAAGCAGGAGUUCGGCGGUUAUACUAUUCUCAUGGUGAGCCACAGAUUGGGGCUCGUGAUGGACUUUGAUAGAGUGGUAGUAUUGGACACAGGCCGAGUCGUCGAGAACGGCAAUCCCAGCGAACUUGUCAAGGUAGACGGAGGCAGAUUCCGCGAGCUGUGGCUGAUUGGAAACGCAGAAGAGAAGUCUGAGUAAGAAUGAGUGUGAUUUUUUAGUACUAAGAAAACACACAAAUAUACAUGUCUAUGUUUAAAGUAAGCGAUCUAUCUCCUAGGACGGCCAGUCUGGUGUUAGUGUUGUUGGGCGGUGCUAAAUGUUAGGCAUAAUAGCGCUGGAUUAGCUUUGAGUUUGAAUUUGCUUGGAAU